CUGGCCGGCCGCCAGCUCCGCACUCUCGGUCGGAUUGGCUCCUUCUCUUUCUCUCCUCCCUUCUUUUCCAAAAGCUCAGAUACGCGCACACCGACCAUCAAGGCAACAGCAGGCAGCGAGGACGAGUGAAAAGACGAGAGGCACCGGAAGAAACUUUUUAUUUCGCUAUCAGACUUCACACUAGCAACGACUCCUUCUGUUCCUUCUCAGGAAGAAAAUAACUUAGUGUCAUGUCGGUCUUUUCUGAACUGCUGGGAUCGGUUAUGUGGACACACGUAUAUUAGUUCUUUUGCCAAAAAAAAAAGAAAGAAAAAAGCAGGAGGAGAGUUGGAGAGGUUUUGCCUCCACGUUUGCUUUUUCACUUUAAGGUAUCAUUUGCUGUUUCUAGCUGAGAAGUGUCGGGGAAAGAGACAUCAGGAAAAAAAGGACUUUGUUCCCCUGCUAGCACUUUAUCCCCUGGCCCUGACCCCUUGCUCUCACCAUCGUCGCUCCGCAUAUAAGGAUGCCAGCAUGCCUUCCUUAGUCAUUUCCAAUCUGCUUAUUAUCUGGCUGGGUGUCCAGAGACUGGCCCUCGGCGCCGAGCGCAUCUCCGCCCGGGAGCGCUUCAGGGUGGUAAUCGCUCCUCUUAUCUGUAAGAGGACUUGUCUCAAGGGGCAAUGUCAAGACACCUGCGAGCAGGGCAGCAACACCACGCUGAUCGGCGAGAACGGCCAGUCCGCCGACACCCUCACGGGAAACGGCUUUAAAGUGGUGGUAUGUCGUCACACAUGCAUGAACGGCGGGGUAUGCAGCUCGCACAGCCACUGCCUGUGCCCUCCUGGAUUCACUGGCCGCCUGUGCCAGUUCUCCAUCCGCAAGACCCAGGAAGCCCAGGCAGCCGUGGGCAACAAGCAGCCAGCCUACAGUCUGCAGCUGCUUCCAGAUGUUUCUGGUCCAGGGGAGCCGGGGCGGCAGCACAUGGCACAGACCCACUCCGUGUUCACCCUCCCGCUGGCACCGGGUGCUGGGCAUCACUCGCAAGAAGUGCAGUUCAACGUGCGCGUCCACCACACGUCCGACACCGCCGUCGUCAUCCAUCCCGUGGACCAAUCGGAUGGCAAGCCCCCCCACAAGACCACAGUCCGCCUUGUGCCGCAAACGCACAAGCCCCGGGGGCGGUGCUUCCAGGAGACCACGCCCAAACAAGCCUGCAGCAGUAACCCAUUGCCGGGACUGACCAAUCAGGAGGACUGCUGUGGCAGCGUGGGUAAUUCUUGGGGGCAGAACAAGUGCUACAAGUGUCCCAAACUGUUGUACCCAGGAGUCCACAAACCACAUACCAUCAUAGAGGAAUAUGGCCCCACCUGCCCGCAUGGGUACAAGAGGCUGAACAGCACUCACUGCCAAGACAUCAACGAGUGUACCAUGCUGGGGGUGUGCCAGGACGGAGAGUGUCUCAACACGCAGGGCAGUUUCCUCUGCGCCUGCAAGCCGGGCUACAUCCUCGACAGGACCAGAUGCGUGGAGCCGCCGGUGGAGCAGGGUCAGUGCUUCCUGAUGGUGACGGAGGCGGGGCAGUGCAAGCACGCCCUGCCCACACCCCUCUCCCAGGAAAUGUGCUGCUGCACCGUGGGCAAAGCCUGGGGUAGCAGGUGCGAGAGGUGCCCUCAGGACGGCACGGCCUCCUUCAGUAAAAUCUGUCCCGCUGGGAAGGGCUACUCCUACCAGACGUACUCGGGGAGCUUGAUCAUCUCUCCCCAGAUGCUGCAGCUCUACCCGAACCUGGAGCAACUUCUGCACCUGUCCCAGACCGAUGGCGAACAGCAGGAGAUCAAGCUGCAACCGCCCCAAAAGGAGGUGCCUCAGGUGGUGACCACGCCCACGCAGACCUCCACCGUCGGCAUGCAUAGACCCCAGAUGCCUGUGAUUGUGGCCAAACCCACCCCGCAUCCCAUAAUAAAAGUGGCUCCAGAGAGGGACUCCUUAGAGGUAGCCCAGACGCAGAUCACACAGACGGACGAGUGCCGGCUGAACAGGAACAUCUGUGGCCACGGGGACUGCAUUAACGGACAGAGCGGCUUCACAUGCCAGUGCCACGCCGGCUACCGGCCCCACCCACAGAGGAAGAGCUGCGUGGAUGACAAUGAGUGCGAAUCGGACCCCUGUGGAUCUGGGCGAGGCUCGUGCGUCAACACCAUGGGCUCCUACAGGUGCCGGUGUCUCCAUGGUUACAAGCUCCUGGUCCACCAAGGGAAGCUCAAAUGUGUAGAUGUCAACGAGUGCUACAAGCCGCACACCUGCGGCGAGGGAGGCAAGUGCAUUAACCUGCCGGGAAGCUACAAGUGCGAGUGUUUUGAGGGCUUCAAGAGCAGGUCCCAGCGGCAGCCUGUGUGUGAAGACAUCAACGAGUGCCGGGACCCGCGGACGUGCCCCAAUGGUCAGUGUGAAAACAGGCCUGGUUCUUACGAGUGCGUGCCCUGCUUACCUGGGCACCAGGCCCAAGGGGGACUCUGCUAUGACAUUAACGAGUGCCAGAAGAGGGGGGUGUGCCCACAUGGACGCUGCGAGAACCUUCCGGGAACUUACCGCUGUGUGUGCAAGGACGGCUUUCUGCCAGGGUCUGACGGCAAGAGCUGCCGAGACAUUGACGAAUGCGAGGACAACCGGCUGUGUUCCAACGGACGCUGUCUCAACACCGAGGGCUCCUUCGUGUGCCAGUGCUUCUCGGGGUACCAGCGGACCAAGGAGGGGAGCCACUGCGAUGACAUUAACGAAUGUGAGCGGCCCUCCAAGUGCCUGUUUGGUCACUGCACCAACACCAUGGGCUCGUACCGCUGCGAGUGUCAGAAGGGCUUCAUGCUGGUCAACGGGAGGCGCUGCCAAGACAUCGACGAGUGCGCCGUGGACAGGAGCCUGUGUCAGCCCCACGGCGUGUGCGAGAACCAGCAGGGGACCUACAUCUGCGUCUGCAAUGAGGGCUACGUCAGCACCGAGGACAAGCGUGGCUGCGAAGCGGUCGAGGUGGACGCAGACAACAAGAAGGAAUGCUACCUGAACCUAGACGACACCGUGUUCUGCGACAGCGUGCUGGCCACCAACGUCACCAAGCAAGAGUGCUGUUGCUCCAUCGGCGUGGGCUGGGGGGACCACUGUGAGAUCUACCCCUGCCCCGUCUACCACUCCGCGGAGUUCCACUCUCUGUGCCCCAUCGGGAGGGGAUUCUACCACGAGGAGCGCAUGACGGAGUACGGCCCGGCUGUGCGAGACAUCGACGAGUGCGUCCUGUUCUCCAGCGAGAUCUGCAAGGAGGGCCGCUGCAUGAACACGCAGCCCGGGUACGAGUGCUACUGCCAGCAGGGCUUCUACUACGACAGCGUCCUCCUGGAGUGCAUUGACACUGACGAGUGUCAUGAUGAGUCUCUCUGCACCAACGGCCGCUGUAUCAACACCAGGGGCUCCUUCUACUGCAUGUGCAACCUACCUUGGGUCCCCGACACCUCCAAGAAGAAGUGCAUAAUGCCCGUUGUGACAGGUGUGAAUGAGUGCCAGGACCCGACCAACUGCAGGAACGGUCACUGCGUGGACACCCCAGACACUUACUACUGCAUAUGCACCCCACCCUGGAUCCUGGCCAGUGAUCGCAACAGCUGCAUCACCCCAGAGGAACAAGGUGAUGUCAACGAAUGCGAAGACCCGUCGUACUGUCAGAAUGGACGGUGCGUCAACACGCCCGGUUCCUACCACUGCAUCUGCACGCAGCCGCACACCUUCAGCGCCGCGCUCAAGCAGUGCGUCUACGACGACCGCACGGCCGCCCAUAAGGACGUGUGCUUCCUGCAGGUGGACGAGGGCCUCAUCUGCAGCCUGCCCCAGAAAGGCCUCAUGGUUACCUACUCUGAGUGCUGCUGUCACUACGGACGCGGCUGGGGUCCUGAGUGCCGCACCUGCCCCCAGAGAAACUCCGGCAUCUUCGUCCGGCUCUGCGAGAUGCAUCUGGACACAGAGUCUGAUGGCGAAGUAGACUCGCUGGCCGCCUUCGUCAGCUACAAACCGGGUGGUGACAGCUCGGAGGAGGACUCGGACGAGUGCAGCUGCACCAACGGCCGCUGUGUGCCCUCCUACCUGGGCACCGUGUGCGAGUGCAACCCAGGCUUCCGGUUGGACCACUCCCGUACCCGCUGCACAGACAUUGAUGAAUGCACGGAACCAGGCCUGCGCAUCAACUCCUGCAAGAACGCCCGCUGCAUCAACACGCUGGGCUCCUUCAAGUGCUACUGCAAGCACGGCUAUGUGCCCACGCGGCGGGCCAACAUUUGUGUCCAGUCCAGGACUUAACACCGGCAGAAAAUAACAAAUAACUGACGACCCCCUCCCCCAUCGCCCACCCCCCCAGCCUGGUUGGACACUCUCCU